CGGCUCAGCCCCCUCACGUCACUUACUACUCUUCCCUCAUUCUCACUCGAUCCAUUAAAGAAGGAGCAUUUCUUUCUUUCAAUUCGUGUAUGGAUGCUUGACACGCCACACUAGAUACACUCGCUCUCUCCAUAAUGGACUCCAAUCCGUCCAUCGUGGCCAAGCUCGAUGCCUUUGCGGCAGAGCUCCUGGCUGACUGGAACAUCUACACUACUCUGAUCGCGGGCGGCAUUGUCGCCUUCCUUGUCUUCUCCUUCGUCACUUCAAAAGAUUCCGAUAUUCACCCUUUUCUACUCGCUCGCCAAUCGACCGCUUUCCCUGUACGACAGCCCGGUGAAACUGCUCAAUACCGCAGUCUCGAGACUCCGCACGGUUUCCCCCUCCGAUCCGGACUCAACGUCAAGGACCCCGGCGCUCCGAGAUGGACAAGCGGCCGCAAGGGUGAUCUGCGCGACAUCUGGAAGGCCGCCGUGCGGGGUGCAGUGGGAGAGGAUGGCAAGGGCUCUGGUAAACAAGGAAAGAUCUAUACUGUGCUCGGCAGGAAAGCAAUCGAGCAUUCCUUGGAGCAAGUUACCCAAGAAAUCAAUGUCAUUGGAAGUCGGUUGCAGUCCUCCAAGGUGAACACGGUCGCCGUCUGUCUGACAGACUCGGUUGAGCUUCUGGCUUCUAUCUUCGCGGGCGCUUUCUACGGUCUCAAGACGAUCAUCAUCCCCCACAACUUGGACGCCGAGUCUCUUUCAAGUCUUCUGAAGGAGUCUGGAGCGGAGGCUCUUAUCGCGGAGGCCGGCGCUCUUGACCUAUCUCUCGUCGCCAAGGGUAAUGAUCAGCUCUCGCAGGUCAUCUGGGUUGCAAAGCUCGGAAGCAGACACAUGGACUGGAACGAUGUCCCCGAAGAUGUCAAGGGUACUCUGGAGGUUCGUGUCUGGCACGAGCUGAUUGAAGAAAAGAAGGACCUUACCGGUCUUGAUGUUCCCAGCUGGGACCCCAGUACUCCGGCGCCUUCCCUCACCACUGUUUGGCCCUCCAAGUCGUCCGCAGGCGAGUUCGUCGAAUAUCAAUCAGAGAACUUGAUUGCGGGUAUUGCUGGAAUCAUGUUCUCCCUCCCUCGUCCUCAGCGGCUUAACCCCAACGAUCUCGUUCUCUCGAUUGAUUCCCUCUCGCGGUCAUACCCUCUGUGCCAAGUCAUGGCUGCACUGUACUCAAAUGCGUCCGUUGCCCUCAAUUCGGUUGCUGGAGAGAGCGUUGACUUUGCUCUCGCCACUGUUGGAUUGUCCCCAACAGUCAUUGUUGCUUCGUCGCGCACCAUGUCUGAGUAUCACAGCAAGUUCAUGAAGCCGCAUUCCGGGUUUGUUUCCCUCUUUUCUCGCUGGAUCCAGGUGCGAAGCCUGGACUCCGGUUACAUGCCCUCGCACGGUUUGCUGAACCAGGUGGCCAACGUCGGGCCUACCGCCGAACUCUCGCUUGAUAAGCUGCGUCUGCUGUGCAUUUCGCACCGUGUUAAUGCCGACCGUGAGGCUCAGUUGGACUAUGAGCAACUCGCAGACUUGCGUAUCCUCACCGGAGCACGCGUGGUGUACGCUUUGACCGGUCCCGGGGUCGCUGGUGCUGUUUUCCAGACCAAUGUUUUCGACUAUCGCCGCUUCCAAGGCUCGAGCCACUUUGGUGCGCCCUUGAGCAGUGUCGAAGUUGUGUUGACCGGUGGGUCGGGCGACGAGGCGAAAGAAGAGGGCCAGAUCACCGUAUCCGGUCCUUCUGUCAUCUCUGGCAAGACCACCUUGGAAGGACGUGCUCGCAUUCGCGAUGAUAACACCUUUGAACUCCUUCCCUAGUCCGCUUGCCAAGCAAGUAAUGAGCGUUUGAGCAUAUAUUCCGGG